GAUAAGCUUGAGCCAUGUGGUGAUGCCCCUGCGAUUGGAGGGCUGCUGAUGGGUGAGGCUGGCGUAAUAACAGGUCCGUUUGGAAACAUUGGAGAUUUUCCACUUCAAGGACAUAUAAUUAUAUUUACUGAUAGUGGAUCGGAAGGAAACACAUCCUCUUCUUCAUCUCCUUUCCCCCUUACGAAAGGAGGAAUUGAUUUGAAAUCAAUGCUUGAUAAUGCCAAUGGCAGUAUUACACUGUCUCUCUCGAGUACCGGUAUAAGUUUGGGAUCUUCACUUGAAGGAAUCGAAAUAUUUAACCACGCAGGAGUAGAAUCAGUUGUUCAUUCAAUAGUUAGAUUACAAACCAAAGUCUUUUAUGUUCAAAUUGGGAAAAAUCAGAAGAAUGCGAUAUUGGAACGUAUAGUGAAUGAAACGAAUGGGAAAAUAUUAGACACCAGAGAAAUGCAUCGUUUAUUACAGAUGACUAAAGUAAUGAUGAUUGCUGCCAGAAUAGCAUCCAAUAUUGUGUAUUCAGCCGACCAAAGUAAAGAGUCAAUAAAGCAACAAAUAAAAGAAGAAUCUGGUUCUGAUGAUCCCUAUAACGACUGCCUCGAUAUGGUGCUUGAAUUUGUAAAUCCAUUAAGCGUAGAGAAGAGACGGGGUAAAUAUACUGAAUUAACAUGUCGGUCUUUACAACUUGGUGAUAGAGUACGGCGUGGACCGGACUGGAGGUUUGGUAAUCAGGAUAAUCAUUUGGCUGGAACCGUCAUUGGACAAGAAUCGCAUGGUAUAGUCAAAGUUCAGUGGGAUAAUGGUGAUACCAAUAUCUACAUGCAAUGUGACGAAACUUGUACAUUUAGUCUGAGAAAGGUAGAUGAACCUAAAGUACUGGUUGAUGAGAUGAUUGCUGUUGGUUGCAGAGUUGUUAGAGGACAGGAUUGGAGAUUUGGUGAUAAAGAUGGUGGGGUUGGAAGUUUAGGGACUGUUUUAGACGUGAGACCAGAAGGAAAGGUUGUGGUGAGAUGGGAUUCUAAAAGAACAGGGCUAUAUAAGAUGGGAUAUAAUGGACGCUUUGAAGUUAAAGUACAUGGUGCACCUGUUAGGAGUAGGGGUAAAGUGAACGAACACCGAUCUGAAUAUAAAAGUAAACCCACCUCGGACAGUGAAUCAGAAGAUGCAUCAUUUCGAACAAGCUUCCGAACAACCGGAGACAAGACCACACCAGAACCAAAUGACUACGUUAUUCCAAUUUAUUCUGAUUCAACAGUGAGUGCCAUUUGGGAAUAUGAACAGGGCUCCGAGUGGAAAAGGUAUCCGAAUGAUAUCAAUGUAAAGAUUGAAAAGGCUUAUCAGAGAAAAAAGACAGGAAAAACAAUCAUCGAAAUGGAUCGAACAACAUAUCAAAUAUAUUUUCAAAGAAUGAUUCAAGAGAAUCCAAGUAAUAAGACAGAAAAAUCCAUCCGCAGAAAAGAUUAAGCUGGAAGAUAGUAAAAGACACACGUCGACAGAGAAUUGAACGUUAAUUUUUAUAAUUUUUCUUAUAAACCAAAGUUAUGAUGUCACUUGUAUAAUGUUGUAUAUAGUGUUAUCCGUAAAAUGAUAAAUAUAGAAUAAUGCAUUGCAAAAUCCGUAUCGCAUGCUGUAUCACCACGACAAACCAAUAUCAGUCCCGAGGGCCAAAGGUAUCGAGGGCUGAUAUUGGUCGAGUGGUGAUACAGCAUGCGAUACGGAUUUUGCCAUGUAAUAUUCUGUUUAUCAUAUAUUUCAAUAGAAUCAGAUUCUUGGGAUAUCCUUUUCUUAAUCGUCUGAAAUAAUAAGCUAGAAAAGACCAUUAUGAUGUUUCUUUAUUUUCCCAGCUGACUUGGUUUUUUUUAUAUAUAUACUUCCUUAUUUGUUUAAUAUCCACAUUGUAAUGUCCCCUAUGACCUUAUUACAUUCUCAAUACACGUUAGACCCUGUAUUAAAAUGCUAUACACUAACGAUACUGUCCUUUUUUUUCAACUAUACUAAUUAAUAUUAAUCGAAUAAAUAUCAUUAGAUGUAGAAAUUUUUAAAGUUUUAUAGUUUAUUUAGCAAUGAUAUUACUCAUUAUUAUUUUUAUUUUUUGACGAGGUGAACAGCAAGAAAAAUAUUUCCCGAAAAGUUUGCAAUCUAUUGUAACCAAAUUAGAAUCGUAAAAAUUUUGAAUUUGUGUUUGAUUUAUCAGGUAAUGAAAACGAAUUUUUGGGAAAAUUAUAACCAAAUAAACCCUUAUAAAACUAGUACUUCAGAUAUUUCUAAAUCUUAUCUUUUGGGGGAAUUCAUUGUUUCCUAUGCUAGAAAAUACUGGCCGUCAUAGAGCAAACGUUGACGUUACUUUAAUUAUGAAGUCACACCAGGUAUGCGAUACGGGUUUAGCCAUGCGAUACAGGGUAGGUGAUACAGAAUGGAAAAAAUAACCUUUAUUAGAUAUACAAAAUUGCUGUAUUUGUUCUUAAUAUAUGAUAAAUCAUGAGAAUGGUAUAAGAAAUAAUUUUCUCUUUCUUAAUCUCUAACUGAGGAAA